ACAUACCUGUUUUGGUCCAAUGGAUCUUCUUCAGUUUCUUAACAGACCAUCUUUGCUUCUGGCAUUCAGUUUCCUCAUAGCGUUGCUUACAUUCCUCUUCAAGGAUAGUUCAAGAAAAAGAAAACUCAAACUCCCACCAGGCCCUCCAAAGCUACCUGUCAUUGGCAACCUUCACCUGCUAGGAAACCAGCCUCACCUAUCUCUCCGGUCCUUAGCAGAGAAAUAUGGUCCAAUAAUUCACUUGCAACUUGGUGAGAUCCCAACUGUGGUGGUUUCAUCAGCUAGAGUUGCCAAGGAAGUACUAAAAACCCAUGAUCUUGCACUAUCAAGCCGUCCACAAAUCUUUUCAGCCAAACAUCUCUUCUAUAAUUGCACUGAUGUUGUCUUCUCCCCUUAUGGUGCUUAUUGGAGACACAUACGUAAGAUUUGCAUACUUGAGCUGUUAAGUGCCAAACGAGUGCAGUCAUAUAGCCAUGCCAGAGAAGAAGAAGUUGCUCGUCUGGCUCAUCGGGUUGCAGAGUGCUAUCCCGGCACCACUAAUCUCAGCAAGUUGCUUGGACUAUAUGCAAAUGACAUUCUCUGCCGCGUAGCAUUUGGAAGAGAUUUCUCAGGUGGUGGAGAGUAUGAUCAGCAUGGUUUUCAAAAGAUGCUCGAGGAAUACCAGGAAUUGCUUGGCGGAUUUUCUAUUGGAGAUUUCUUCCCUUCCAUGGAGUUCCUCCACACCUUAACAGGAAUGAAAUCAAGACUUCAAGAGACAUUCCGUCGAUUUGAUAAACUCUUUGACCAGAUUUUGGCUGAACAUCUAAAUCCCAAAAGACAAACAGAGGAGCACAAGGACCUUGUGGAUGUUUUACUGGAUGUACAAAAGACAGAGUCUGCUGAUAUGCCUCUAACUAUGGAUAAUGUCAAGGCUAUUAUCUUGGAUAUGUUUGCUGCAGGAACUGACACAACCUUCAUCACCCUUGAUUGGGGAAUGACAGAGCUUUUAAUGAAUCCCAAAGUCCUCAAAAAAGCACAAGCUGAAGUACGAGCUGUUGUGGGGGAAAGAAGAGUUGUGUUAGAGGGUGAUCUUCAUCAGCUGGACUAUUUGAAAGCUGUCAUUAAAGAGAUAUUCCGGUUGCAUCCACCUGCACCUGUACUAGUCCCUAGAGAAUCCAUGGAAGAUGUAACCAUUGACGGAUACGACAUUCUAGCCAAAACAAGAAUUUUUGUCAAUGCCUGGGCAAUAGGAAGACACCCAGAAUCUUGGGAAAACCCAGAAAAGUUUGAGCCAGAAAGAUUUAUGGGUAGCACUAUUGAUUUCAAGGGGCAGGAUUUUGAGCUUUUACCUUUUGGGGCUGGUAGAAGGGGUUGUCCGGCUAUUACAUUCAGCACAGCCAGCAUUGAGCUUGCUCUAGCACAACUUCUGCAUAGCUUUGAUUGGGAGCUUCCUGCUGGUACUGCAGCUGAUGAUUUGGACAUGACAGAAGAUUUUGGCAUAACAAUGCACAGGAUAGCCAAUCUGAUUGUUGUUGCCAGACCACGGUUUUCCUGA